AUGUCCCUGGAAGCAGUCCAUACCGCUGCCGGGAAGCACAAGGAAUAUGCGAUAGCAAAGAGGAUGAAGCACAACUUUGAUUAUGCACCGGCUCUUGCUGGAAUUCCAGAGGGAUGGAUGAGCUCCUUCUGCACCAAUCUCAAGAAGCUUGUACAUCAAAUUGUUGUAUCACAUUUUGGACUCAAGAAAGGUUGCGCUGACAAAGUAGAAGACCUUCUUAAGAGUCACAAGUAUAUUUUUCCAACCAAUGCCAAGUGCCAUGAUGAUUUCAUUUCUGUCUUAGAUCAAAAUGAUGAGCCUGAGCUACCUGUGGCUAUGAUUUAUGCGAUAUUGAAGGAUUGGAGUAGCAGCAACCCACCUUCAAGUGCACAAGUCAAAUCAUUCAAUGCCUCCUCCCACAUUGGUGUUUACAAGGCUCACCAAGCGACUCUCACAUGCAUCUUUGAUGGUAGUAGAAAGAAGUACCAUGCACUGAUGGGACAACUUUACAAGGCAGUCAGUGCAAUCGAGAACUUGGUGUCCACCGGCUCAUCAAGCACUUGCAACUACCUUGAUCUCGACGCAAUGGUUGAAGAAUAA